AUGGCUCACGUUACAGUUGAUUGGAAUCCACUUGGAAAGGUAUUUUAUAGGUAAGUGGUUCUUUUCAGAUCAGACUGUACCUAUUAUUGUUUUAUUAUUCAUUCAAAAUAUUUCCUCCAAGCUGAAGACAUCCUUACCUCUAUGUAAAAUUCCAGUAGUCAAACAUCUGCCUGUUUUUUGCCAGUCCCAGAUUAUGAGGGGAUAUAAUUUUCUUGCUGAUAUUCUUCAAAUGGUAGUUUUCAGUGUCUUUGUGUGUUAGUUCAAAGUUUUUGAGGGAGAAGUUCAGGAAAUUUAAUGGGUUAAAUAUAGUUACUUAACUUAGUUAACGAUGAGGAGCUCCAGUAGCUGCUUAGUAGUUAUCUUGGCUUUAGCAUGGCGUUGGCGUGUCAUUGACGUUUGUCUUAUAUUGGUGUGCUUUGGCAAGCUGGCAGUUAUCCUAUGCUCUUUUGUUUUUGCCAUGGUUCAUGUUACUGUACUAGGCCUGUUGUGGAAUAAUUUCCAGUGCCCCUGUGUCAGUGGUUUUCCAUCGCAAUUUAUGCGUCUGCGUUUGCAAUGAUGUGCUUGUAGUUUUAAAGUGCAUAAUGUUCGGGGCGUUUUGCUCAGUGUUACUCAGUUUUAGUGUUUUUUCCCUCCCUCCUCACCCCUUAUUAUUAUUGUCCUUAUUUCUCCACUGAAAUCUCAGUUCAGUGUGAUGGGUGCUUGGGCCGGGGCUGGAUGUGGCUGGCAGCGCUUGUGGCUGGGUUGCAGGUAGGGCAGGCUUUUGGGGUGUUCUUGCUACCUGGGUUAGGGGUUUGGUGGCUCCAGCCCGUAGGUUCCUAGGCACCCAACCUCCAUGUGCGACUCAGGCAUUAAUCUACCCAUAACAUGUGAAAUCUUCUACCAUUUACUCUUGGUCUUCAGCAACAACACAGCCAAACCAUCACUCUGCUUCUUUGCUUGAUUUCUGUGCAUCCUUUUCCAGUUUGGAGGUGUGUCUGACAGAACGGUUAACACCUUGAACUCCAGAUCUGGAGGGACAGGGUUCAAUCCUUGUGUUUCGAAUGGUUUCCUUAGACAAGGAACUUUACACCGCUUUGUCUCUCUUCACCCAGGUGUAUAAAUGGAUACCGACAAAGUACUGCCAGGUGGUGACCCUGCGAUGGACUAGCAUCCCAUCUAGCGGGGAACGGGGAAUGGCAAGACUCCUAUAGUCAUGCUUCAUGCUAAGGAAGCUGGCAUAAGCUCCACCCUCUUGGGGCCUUUGGCUUGCACACACCUUUAAUCUUUUUUUUUUUUACUUUUUCCUGUCUGAGACUUUACUAUUGACAUCAGCCUUUAAAUCAAAGCAAACUUCUUUCAAUUUUGGCAAAUAACCAGCAGGCUCAGGAAAGAAAUACCCGGGCAACCAUGGAAUUUAAGCCAAUCAAUCAGGGAUGGAGAAAUAUUUUAAAUGUACACACUGUAGCCAUAAUUGAAUUACAGCAGAAGUUUUCUUCGCAAAAUGUGUUUGUCUUGAACAGGAAAGUAGAGCUGUACAGUAUGGAGUGGCAAGAUGCUGUGGAUUUAUCCCGGUUUAUUGUGAGUGCAGCACCUUUUGGUGGUCCAAUAGGUAAGUACAUCAGACUUCUUCUAAGUGUUGUUUAACCUGUACAGGGAGUACAAGUUUCAUUUCCCUGCAUUAUCGUAGUGUAAAUAGGACUCACCAGGGUAAAUGUUUAAGAGUCAGAACCACAGAAAUGCUCUUAACAGCACUGUAAGUACCGGCAUUAAUUUGUAAGUUAUGUCUAUAUCAGCAAGAGUCCAUUAUACUGUACCAGAAUUUUGUUUCAGUCAACUGUCUUUACAUGUCAAGGGAUUUUAAAGGAAGAAAACAACUCUGAAGAACAUCCUGCUUCUAAUUAUUUUAGAACAGCUGGUGCAUAAAACAUGGAAUUGAUACAAUAUUAAAAAAUUUCAUUACUUUCAACCUGCAGUCCAGCUGUGUUGUAUGUAGAUGCUUAACUGUCAGUAAUAGUUAAAAAAAAUAAUUGAAGGGCUCCAUGCUAAAUUGCCCCAUUUAAGUAGGUUUAAUCACUAAUGCACACCAUUGCUAACUCAUGUACUCUUCUACAUACAUGGGGAGUCAUGUAGCAGCUGCUCAGAAGAGAAGUCACCAAUGGUGCCUAACCCUGACCCCAAGCAAUACUGAAACAAUUGAAAGAAUGACGUCAUUGUUUUCUGUGACCAAUUAGGAGAGACCUUACGAGCAGCUCCUACACAACUGUACAUGGGAGUGAGGACGGUACACCUAAAUAUUUACAUGUCCUGCAGCCCCCCACAUUGAGAUUUCCUUUUUGAAGGAAUAGUUUGUAAUUGUUGUAUUUAAAAUUUGCAGCUCUGAUAAGAGGUGACAAGCAUUUUGCUCGAGUCCAAGGAUCAGCUAUUAAUAAACCCAUCAUUCACAUUUUUUCCUGCUGGAAGGGAACUUGCCACAGUCAAGGUAUGUGUCUUUUUUUAAGGUCUACUGAGGAGAGGAGUGUCG